AUGGGACCGCGAAAGCGCAGCCGCUCCGAGGCGAUCGAUGCCCCCGAAGCUCAGGCCACCGAGGAACCUGGACUGCUCCAGCGCAUUCGGAGCAGCUGGGAAUUUGCGAAUAUCAUGCAGUACAUCCACAUCUUUGGAAAGAUUAUGAAGAUCGACGAGGAGUUUGGAAUCGAGGAUCUCGAAGACGAAUGUCUCAAGCCGGAAUCCUCGUACAAGUUGCUAGAGAUUGGAUUGUGCCUGCUGAAGUGGAUCUCGUCGCAUCGCGGAUUAACCUUCGAGAACUUUGACGAGUACACCCGACGCCAGUACAACGCCAAAGCACCGGACUUCCCCAACCCGUUCGGCUAUGAGGAGACUCCUCUCCGAUUCCUCGAUUUUGAUAUCUUUAUGAAGCUCAGCGUCCUCCACCAGCUCUCUGUGUGGACCUUCUGGAAUCCUGAUCGUAUCCGCGAGAAGAUGCCUGAGAAGAAGGAUUCAGAGCAGUUGGAAUGGCGCAUCGAGGAAUUCGGAUACGACCACGAGGGCCGCUCUUACUACGUCCUUGACGACAACCGUCUCUACCGCCGGACCGAUCCCCCCAUUCCUGCGCCCCAACGACCCAAGAAGAAGCCGAAGAGCAGGUCCUCUCGAGGCUCUCGGGUGUCUAGACGAGUCUCCGCAAUGGUCGCGGAAGAAGCGUCCGAUGAGGAGAGCAAGAACGAGGACGAGACUAAUACUUUCCCCAACUUCAAGUGGGAGUGUGUUGCUGUGACUCUUUCAGAGUACAAUGCUUUCCUUGAUACCAUUCGGAAGAGCAAGGAUGCGGAUGAUAAGUACCUUCGCAGCCAGAUUGAAGAGCACAUCCUGCCCUUGCUGGAGAAGGCCGAAGAAGCGCAGCAGCGGAAGCGGAUCAAGCGCGAGAAAGAGCUUCUCCAAAUGCAGAUGCUUGCCGGUGCCAAGCGAUCGAGUCGACUGGCUGCCAAGGAGGAAAAGGACCGGGCUGACCGCGAAGCCGCCGAAGCCGCUCGCAAACGAGAGGCCGAUCUGGCUGAAGCUCGCAAGGAGCAAGCCCGGCAGAAGCAAAUGGAGAAUGAGCGCAAAUCCCGUAUGAUGACCCGCGAACAGCGCAUCAAGGAUCGCGAGCACAAGCGGAUCCUCCAUGAAGCCGAGGUUGAACGCCUUGCGGCCGAGCAAGAGAAGCUGGAACGUGGCGAUGGCAGGGUAUCGGCGCGGCAUCUCAAGGCUGAGAUGGAGAGGUCGCAGAAGAACCUGGCAGAGCUGGCCGAGGAGGACCAAUGGGUCUUCGACUGCUCUGGGUGUGGUGUACAUGGCGAGAACCUGGACGACGGGAGCCACAGCGUUGCUUGUGAGAAGUGCAAUGUGUGGCAGCACAGUAGCUGCCUUGGCAUCAACAAAGAAGAUGCCGAGAAGGACGACUUCCACUUCGUCUGCACCGACUGCAAGCGGAAGGCGGAGGAAGCCAAUCGUCCAAAACUCCCACCGCUGAAGUUCCGAGUCAGCGCGACCCCGUCGCCCUCUGCUGCUGGGACCAAGCCCAAGGUGGAACCGCAUGGGCGUGUUCCACCUUCCCCAGUGAAGCACACCCAUUAUGCUCUGUCUAAUGUUCAGAACGGGCCUCCCCGACAGCAAGGUUCUCAGCCUAAGCUCCCUUCACUCACUGCUCAGAAUCAGCAGUUUGCUCAAGGGCAGCACCAGUUCUAUGUCCCUCCUUCACCUCAGCGUCUCCCCCGCCCUGAUAACAACACUCUUCCUUCCUCAAGCCCUCCUCGCCCACCGUUCUCCCCUUCAAAGGUCUCAAUUGGCCCAUCGCAGUCCCUCUCUCACCAACAACCUCGAUUCGGUCCUGGACCCGGCCAGCAUAUCUUGCCCCCCAUGCAGCCUGGACCCCAUCUCCCUCCUAUUGGUUCUUUCUCUGCACGACCUUCUUCCUCUCACUCUGGAUAUGGCCCAACCCAGCACCGCCCCUCUAUGUCACCUACGCAGGGCAAUCACGACGUAGGUCUCCUUGCAGGAGUUCCGUCUGGUGCUCCGCUGAACGGUUCCGGAGCGUGGUCAUCAUUUGAUAGCUACGCUACGCCGCGUCCGCAAUCUGUCCAUGCAGGCACCCCUGCCAUGUCCAGCAACUACCCAUCCUUCUCUUCCGUUGCGACUCCAAAUGGCCACCAUUCUUCGCCCCCGCAUAGCUCCCAUGGAAUUGGCAUGUCUGGGAUUAGUCCGACCAAGCAGUCUCCUCGGCCCAUCACCGCUGGCGGGAUGGCAGGGGCCCCGGUACUUCCUCCUAUCCGCAGACUGGAGCCCAGCCCUAAGCUCAUGGGCCGAAGUUCCCCUGACGCCCCGAUUCCUGCACCAAUGAAGUGCAUGACUCCCGAGCAAGAAGAGCGCCGGCAACGGGAGAAUGCCUCUCUACUACACAAUGGUCAGUCCUUCUCGGCCAAUGGCCAGCCUAAUCUCAUGUCGUCUCCGUCGAUGAGUCGCAUCCCGCCGCUGGGUCCAGCUGCUCAUGUCCAGCAUCCUGAGCCAAUUCCGUCACCUCAGAACGGGGCACACGCGCCUCGGCAAUAG